CCACCAACACUACCUACUGCUACAACAACAGCAACUACAACGAGAACAAUUUCAACAGUAACAACAACAGCAACAACAUCUACAACAACAGAAAAACCAACACCAUUAUCUACUGGUACAACAACAGCAACUACAACGAGAACAACAAUUUCAACAGUAACAACAACACCUACAACAACAGAAACACCACCACCACUACCUACUGCUACAACAACAGCAACUACAAGGAAAACAACAAUUUCAACAGUAACAGCAUCAACAACAACACCACUACCAAAAACAACUACAACAAUAACUACAACACCAAAAACAAUAAAACCUACAACAACAGAAACCCCAACAACAACCGUAACAGCAACACCAACACCAUCAACAUCCGUCACAACCACCGGUGAGACAGAGCCCUGUUCUGAGCUCAGCUGCUCUGAGGAUGAACACUGUGGGGAAAAAAAUGGUGUUUAUGGCUGUUUAUGUAACAGGAACCAUUACAGAAAACAUACAGAUUCUUUUGAUUUUUCAGAAACCUGUGAAAGCAGCUCUGGCUCCAUGUCUGUGUCUCGCUGUCAGCUCUUUGAGGCUGGUUUUUCAGCUGAUAUCUUACAUCUCAAUGAUCCAAGCUGUAAAGGAACAGUGCGCAAUGGCAGAGUGGAAUUUCAUUUUGACAACAAUGAACACAUCUGUGGUACAAACCUUGUGGCCAAUGGCACCCACUUCAUCUAUGAUAACUUCAUUCUGGGAACACCGAGGACAGAAGGCCUCAUCAGCAGAGAGAAGGUUCUGAAGCUUUCUUUCAGCUGCGCUUACCCCCAAACAGAAACUCUUUCCAUGAAUAUGGAAAUCAACCCACUGGAGAGCAUUGUGCACAAGAGCCUUCCAGCGGGUGAAGGCAGAUAUCGUGUUCGGAUGAUUCCAUAUCAGGACGAUGAGUUUACCCGGCCCUUCACUGGUAGUGUGGAUGCGGAGCUCAACCAGGAGAUGCAUGUGGAAGUUCGCGUUGAGGGGGUUGACAGUCGACAAUUUGCCCUGGUGAUAGACACAUGUUGGGCUACACCUGUGAAUGACCCCGAUUACACUCUCCGCUGGGAUCUCAUCGUUCAAGAGUGUCCCAAUCCAAAUGAUGACACAGUGGAGCUGCUGCAGAACGGCGUCUCGACAUCCAGCCGUUUCUCCUUCAGGAUGUAUAUCUUCACUGCAAACUCCACUAAGCUUUACCUGCACUGUGCUGUUCACCUUUGCCUUCUGUCAAGCAAUCACUGUUCAGUGAACUGUAACUCUGGGCAGCACUGGAGAAAGCGCAGGUCUCUGGACUUCCACGACAGUUCUUCAAUAUCCAUGGGUCCUCUAAUGUUGUCAGAAGGAAACACAGAUAAGUGGGUCAAAGACCCAGUGAAGGUAUCCAAGGCUUCUUCUCUGUGUGCUUCUCUGAUGGUGUUGUUUGUCUUUAUGAUGAGUGUCUUGAUCCUCUUUUAAAAUAUUUCUGCGAGAAAAUUG